ACUCAUUCCUUCACCAGGCUUUCUGGUUCUUCUUUUAUUCUUCCAUUGACAGUUAUCUAACAGUCACUCUUUUUGAUUGUACAUUCUUUAUUCCUUCCACCAUGAAAGCCACCAUCCUAGCUACUGUCGCUUUGGCGGCAUGCAGUGCCGCCAGCCCCUUGGGCAGCGCUCACCAAGCCCGAGGCCUCCUUGGAGCUUCAUCCGAGCCUUGCGACUGUGACUCGGGCGACGAUGGCAACACUCCUGAGGUGCCAUCUCUGCCUCCUUCGGAGGGCCCUGGUCCCCUUCCAGUCCCAGUCCCAGUCCCAGUCCCGGUUCCUGGUCCUGGUGGAGUCCCACCCGUUCCUGGCAUUCCUGGAUUGCCUGUUCCUAGUUUUCCUGGACUGCCUGUCCCUGGAAUUCCUGGAUUGCCUACUCCCGGCCUUCCUACGGUCCCUGGACACCCGAACGAUCCUGAAGACCCUGAGGAUCCCGAAGACUGUGACGACCCUGAGGAUCCAGAGGACCCAGAGGACCCAGAAGAUCCUGAGGAACCUUCCAAGGGCGGUUGUGACGACGACGGCUGCCACGGAACCGGACACCUCAUCCAGGACCUGGGCCCGCAACUCAACGACGUCCUGACCAUUGUUGGUGAACACACCGAGGAGCUUUUGCUCAAGCUCAGCCCCGGUGUUGCUGGUCUUCUGACCGGACUCGGCCUCCCUGGCUUGGGCCAGCCCGUUGGUCACAUCAUUAAGAGCGCUGCCACCAUUGGCGAGCUCAUCGCGGACUUGGGUGAGCCCGUCGAAUGCCUCUUGACCGUUGUGGGACAGGACGGUGGAUUCCUGUUGAUUGAGCUCGAGCCCUCCAUCACCGGACUCCUCACCGGACUCGGACUUCCUAGUAUCGCUCAGCCCGUGGGCAGCAUCGUCGGCACCGUCGGCCAGCACCUCAAGCGCGGCGAUGGACUGCUCGAAGACCUUGCCCCCGUCGUGAACUGCGCUCUCAAGGUUGUUGGCGAGGACUCCAAGAUCCUCCUCAUUGCCUUGAGCCGGCCCAUCGCUAACCUGCUCACUGGCUUGGGCCUCGGUCAGCUUGCCGGGCCUGUCGGCACUGUCAUCCAGUCCGCGGCCACCGUGGGUGAUCUCGUCUACGACUUGGGUGACCCUGUGGAGUGCAUUUUGACCAUCAUCGGUGAGGACGGAGGUGCUCUGCUGGUUCAACUUUCUCCUUCCAUCGCCGGUCUUCUUAUCGGCCUCGGACUGCCCGGUGUUGGUAUCCCCGUUGGCCAGGUGGUGCAGACCCUUGGCGAAGCUUUGUAGAUUAUACUCUCGUCGGACGUCCGAACCAUGCCACGCGGAGCAACCGCCACGAACGAAACAGAGUUUGACCGAACAGGGACUUGAUCAGCGGUCUGAUGGAUCUACAUGUGUAUAUAAAUGAAUGUAUGUACAUUAUUAGACUAGAAAUAUAGUACCAUCGGAAUAAGCACCUAA